AAGCUUCGCAGCGUUGCUCGCUGUAUGGUGGACAGCAUGAAUUCCGAUCUCGCUGCUCUGCAGAAGUGAGUAUUUGGUGAGUAUGUGUGUAAUAGGGCUGUCAGUAACACGCAUGUGAACGCACGAGGCGAUUAUAAGACACAGCACCCUGCCUCGCAUGCGGAGACACACGUUUCAGUGGGCAAUUGUGUCCAAUGUAUUGCUAAUGUGUGUAUGAGACCGCUUCGAUCGCCGGUGGGGAAGGACACCGAAUACGUCAUUGGUCCCCUACUUAUUAGUAACCCCCAAUGACGACUGAACACUUAUAAACACUCAAGAGCUGAGAGUUGCUCAAGCUUUUCAAACUUCAGACCCAGUCCCGAAAAGCUAAUAGUCGAACAUACCGAGCCACAAUCACACACACAUCACCAUGUCCAGCAUCAAGCCCCUCAUCCUCCACGCACACGCCUCGGGGCCGAACCCAAUCAAGCUAGCAAUCGCCCUUGAGCUCCUCUCUCUGCAGUAUGAGGUCAAGAUGUGGGACUUCGGUGAAGACCCCAACAAAGGCGUAAAAGGCGCCGCGUUCCUGAAGAUCAACGAGAAUGGCCGCGUCCCCGCACUCGACGACCCCAACACAGGCGUCGUCAGCUGGGAGAGCGGAGCAUGCAUGAACUACCUGCGGAGGCAGUACGAUGCAGACGGCAAGAAACUGGGUCCGCGUGCAAAGGACGGAGGGGCGCCGGGAUUGCAGGACGUGGUCGACUUUGAGAAGUGGGAGUACUUCUUGCUGACCACGCUGGGACCGAUGACGGGGCAGACGAACUGGUACCGUCACUACAACUCCACUCGCAACGAGGAUGCGCUGGAUCGCUACGUCGAGCAAACUGAUCGGUGCUACUCUGUCCUGGACGGCCAGCUGAAGAAGACGAACGGCGAGAGUGUCUUGCCCGGCGGCUUGACGGCUGUCGACGCGCACUACGAGCCGUGGGUGAGGCAGCAUGCGUUCGCGCAGGUGUCAAUCGAGAAGUAUUCGCAUGUGAAGAAGUGGCUGGAGAAGAUGAAGGGGCUGGAUGAGGUGAAGAAGGCGUAUGCGAAGAUCGAGCAGGCACCGAAGCCAUGAAAGUCGUGAAGGUGCUGUAGUGUGCACAGGAUCUAGCUACCUGACAAAAAAGUCACAUUGUUUACAGCAAAGACGGUUCCUUCCUUCUCUGCAGUGUGCGGACUGAUUAGACUUCCUGAGCCAAGGCAAGCGGGGGCAGUUACCCGUACCUUAGCAUUCUUGUCCACACAAGGCAACGCUUCCGUCAAAUCAAAACGGACUCCGCAUUGAGCUCGGUGAAGCUCCGAUGUUUGCGGGGCCCCGGAGUUAUGUGAAUAUACGCACUAGCUGCUUUGAGCAGGUACUUGUUGAUCCUUCUAUAUUGUCGCAUCA